UAUUAAUAACUGCAUCCAAAAUCAAAGACUCAACUGAGUGACUGUAAUAAAAAAAAAAAAAACAUAUCUACACAAUGAAGCCAUUUUCAAUUUUCCUCACCUUCACCAUCUUCAUCAUCGCAUCAGCAUUAGUUGCUGCGAAGAAUGCUGCUGAUGUAACCGAGUUGCAGAUUGGCGUUAAGUAUAAACCAGCAUCAUGUGAAGUUCAGGCACACAAAGGUGAUAAAGUGAAAGUACACUACCGGGGAAAACUCACCGAUGGAACUGUAUUCGAUUCUAGCUUUGAAAGAAACAGUCCAAUUGAUUUUGAGCUUGGUGGUGGUCAAGUGAUCAAAGGAUGGGACCAAGGAUUAUUGGGAAUGUGUCUUGGUGAGAAGCGAAAAUUGAAAAUCCCAGCAAAACUUGGCUAUGGAGAACAGGGUUCUCCACCAACUAUUCCAGGUGGUGCAACACUUAUAUUUGACACUGAGCUUGUGGGAGUGAAUGACAAAAGCUUAAGCGAAGAAAAACCAACCUCGUCCGAACUGUAGACAAAUCAGCUAGACUAUUGGCAUCCUGUGAUAGUUUACUUUUGUUUCUUAAUAAUGCUUUCAACACCAAGGUUUCGUUGUGUAACCUUUAAGUGAGGCUAGUUUAGAAAGAUUUUGCUGUUGUACCCUAUAACUUAAAUACAUCUAUUUGGUAUUUUUCUAGCUUUCUUGAGAAUUUUCA